CGCCCAGUCUGGUUUUAUUUGCAGUAAGUAACUAGUAGCAUGCAGGGUUCACUUCCUUGUUCGUUAGUUAUCCGAGAAAUGACUUGGUGAUAGUAUGUAUGCACUUCGCCCCCUGGAGUCUACUGCUGAUGGUCCCAACGCCUCUAUCCGACUCCGUGACAAAUUGCGACAGGCCAAAACAGUGCCUGAAGCAAUACAGGAAGUCUCCAGUGCAAUUAUUUCAAAGAUAUCGUCGCUCUCAAUGAUACAAGAACAAGAGAUACAGGCCUCCCAUCCGUUGUCCGAUUAUGGGAUCGACUCACUAGUUGCUGUGGAGAUGAGAAAUUGGAUAUUCAAGGAACUUGAAGCGGCUGUCACAAUCCUGGAGCUGCUGGCAAAUGAAAGCCUACUAUUGUUUUCUAAAAAGGUGUGCACCAGAUCAAGGGUGUUUGAUUUUACUACGCUCGUUGCCUAGUCAAGAUUUGAAUCGACUAGCCAAGAUAUAUAACUUACAGUUUCCUUAAUCAAGAAUUCAAUUGCCAAAGGAG